AAUUCUGUUUACUCACCAGUGAACUCUCGAAAGUACCCACAAUCCUUAGUGAGACAUGAUGUGACGUCACAGAAUUAGCAAGAUGGCCUCCUUGCUGAGAAACGGAAUACUAAGGACAGCGGGAAUCGCCUUCGUACGGCCGCACAGAGCUGCUGCCUGUACAAGGAAUCUAUCCCAAGAGACCAGUCCAUCUGCACAUGCCAAUGAAGAAACUCAGAUCACCCCCUUUGAGGAAAAAGUGGAGCUGGCCCCCUUGUCUGGUGUACCUGAAGAGCAGUUGUCCACACGGAAGGCCAGGAUCUAUGUCCCUGCACGCAACGCCAUGCAGUCUGGCUCAGCAGGCACCCGCCAGUGGAAGAUAGAAUUCGAUACAAGGGAGAGAUGGGAGAAUCCACUGAUGGGAUGGGGGUCCUCGGCUGACCCCCUCUCCAACUUGGCUGUCACCCUGUCCUUUGACUCAAAAGAGGAUGCUAUGGCCUACUGUGACAGAAAUGGAUGGGCUUGGGAGGUGGAAGAAAAACGUGAACCGAGAAUGCGAGCUAAGUCCUACGGUGCCAACUUCUCCUGGGACAAGAAAACGCGAGUGUCGACAAAGUAGUAUAUAGCCUGCAUCUUCAUUGGUUUGGCUUGUAAGCAAAAAAUAUAUGUUGUCUUGUUAUUUCAUUACACUGCAAAUGCAUGUAUCAGACCAAGACUUGUAAAGGUGAUGUGAUAAUUCAGUUGUCUGUAUCUCAAUUAAAAAGUGGACAUAUCACCAGG